GUUUCGAACAGUUCGUGUUAACUUGUUGACAAUAAUUAAAGUGCAUCAUAUAUAUUUUUUAAGAUAUUUCUUUGACAGAAAAUGCGUUUGUAUUAAAAGUUAACUCGAGUGAAUUAAUUAUUUCGGUAUGGAAAAGAUAUUGAAUGAUCGAAAUGAAACAUUUGUUGAAUGAUUAUUAUUGAUUUAUGGAACCAACAUGUUAUUUAUUGCAACACACACGCAUAUUCAUAUUUAUAAUGUCAAUUAACAAUAUGAUCUGUAUAUCCGUUCAGUGAUAAUUAAUGAUAAGAUAUAUAUACUAUAUUUCUGUAAUUAUAAUAAUGAAGGCAUGAGGUUAUGUUGAGCUUAAUCUGGAGCUCUCUUGUAAUAAUUAAUGUGUAAUUUAUGAGAACCAUUUAGUCAAUUGUAUAUUUUGCAAGAAUGAAUGGGGAGGCAGAAUAUAAUGUUGCCACUAGAUAUCGAACAGUUAGAAAACAUCUGGAUAAGUUGGGGUAUCAGCAAGCACUGUCAUUAGAUGCUUUACCUCUGAUAGAAAUGUUACUAGCUGAUCUUGUACAAACUACAGAUAAUCUUAAACAUUUUAAAGCCAAUGCUGAAGAGAACAUUAAGGCAUAUAGUCAGUUGCGAUUGACAGUUGAUCCCUACAAAUGUGAUAAUGCAAGAUUAGUGCGAGAAUGUAACCAGCUUCAUUCGGACCUGAUAGAGACUAAAGAAGCACAUCAGAAACAGAUCAAAGAUCUUAAAAAGCAGAUACAUAAGUUAGAAUGUGAGUGCAAUGAUUUACAAUUGGCGUCCUCGCAUAACAUAUAUAAAAUAAAGGAGUUGGAGACAGAAUCAGCUGCCAAGUCUAAGAAGAUAUUAGAACUUCAAGGCAAAUGUUUAAAGCCAACUAUUAUUAAUGUGGUUUCUACUAAGAAACGUCCCUGUUUUCCUCCUAGAAGACCUGUCUUAGAAGCCGAGCCAAUGCCAAGGGCAAAGAUUGGUGGCUCACUGCCAAAAUUAAGCAGCAUUGAGCCUAAAAUAAUAGAUAUAGUAAGCAUGGCAGACCAAAAGAUGAACUGUUUGAAUCAGGAGGUAACAAAAUUACGAGGGGAGCUUUUAUUACAAACAGAUACAAUAAAGACUCUUGAAAAACAGCUAGCUGGGAAAGAAAAAGAAAUAAUUCGACUAAGAAAAAUGUUGGAAGGAGGGCGUUCGUAUGCUGCAGUUAGCAAAGAUUGCACUUGCAAGAAGAUGGAAAAGAAAAUUUGUGCUGCUCAUGAUAUUACAGAAAUUAAUGAAGUAAAGAUCCUUCAACAUGCCAAACUAGAGUUAGAACAACAGCUAAAGGAAUCUCUAAAUAAACAACAUGAUGCAAUGUCUCAAGCAAUGAAAUUAGCCAAACGAAAUGAGGAAUUAGAAAAAGAAUUAAGAGAUAUAGAUCAUGUUGCGUUAGCUGUAAAGGCUGAUUGCAAUUCUACAGUUAAAGAAAAUAAUAGGAGAGUUUGUAGACUUCAGGAGAAGUUGGAAGACGUCAUGACACAGCUACAUGUCUUAGAACGCGAAUUAAUUGUAGAACGUAGAGAAGUUCAAGAGUUGAGAGCAGAUCUAGAAUCUUGUAGGCUUGAGAAACGUAACGUCCAACGUACUCUCGAAUCUACAUUAGAUGAAAAGAAACAAAUGUCUGAUAGGAUUAAUCAACUAGCAAUCAUUGAAAAAAAUUUAAAGGAUGAGAUGGAAAGACUGAGUAAAGAAAACGAAUACCAAAGACAAGUGUGCAAGAAUCAUAAAGAUGAAAGAUAUGUAGAUCAUCAGGCAAUAGUUGAAAAUGGAAAAAUUAUAAAAAAUACAGAUAAUUUUGACAUACAAAAAUUGAUUGAGCAAAAAAAUUUUAAAAUUGUAUCUUUGCAACAAUCAAUCCAACAAUUGAAAACAGAACGAGAUCAUUACAGGAAAGAAUACAUUAAUUGUCGAGAUGAGCAACACAGAGCAUCUGAUAAAGAUAACGCUGAUUUAUGGACACGAAUAUGUGAAUUAAAACGCGAAUUAAGCGAUGUGGAGCAAGCUUUAAGUAAAGCGCAACGGGAGAAAGAAGAGCUGCGUUUUCAAAAGGAAGAUCUAGAAGCACGAUUGAAAACUUACAAGGAUCAGCAGAGACAAGUAUGUGUUCCUUGCAGAUCGUGCAAACCUGUCCGUACUUGUACCUGUACGUCUGAUUUGCCGAUAUCCGCCGGAAGUAUCAGUGCGACAAAGACAAUGCUCGAACGUUUGGAGCGAGAGCGGGAUACAGCCAGAGCAGAUUUCGAACGGCUCAUAGAUGAACGUGAUGCAUUACGGGAGAGACAUAAGAUGAUGUCAGAAGCGCACUCGUGUGAACAGCUUCGUCUCAAAGAGAGUUUAGUCGAAGCAGAGACGCGGUUGAAACAUGUAGAAAAAGAACGACAAGAUCUGUUGGUCACUCAGGGAUCGAAAAGGGCGACGAUAAGCGAUCUUGAGGAUCAGUUGAGCAAUAUGCAAGAGGAACUGCAUCGUACAAAGCAAGAAUUAAUGACACAACGGACGCAAUAUCAUCGACUACGAACGCUUCAAGAUCAAACGGAGCAGUCAUUUGGAAACAUACAGAGUCAAUGGUCACAGACAGAAUCGGAAUUGAACAAGGCUUUGGACCGCAAUAAAAGUAUGGAACAGCAACAGACGCAAUUGAAUGAUCAAAUCAAGGAGCUGAAACAAGAAAUUAAUAAUCUGCGCGCAAACAUGACAGUUUUGGAUCAAGAGAAGGAUCGAUUAUUGAUGGCAUUGGACGAGAAAACGGAGAAGAUUGCUGCAUUGGAACGAGAAUUGAUGUAUAAGGAUCAAGAAACAGAGGGGAUACAUCAACAAAUCCGCGAUUUACAGCAUAAAAACGAAAUAUGCAUCGAUCAGAGCGCGGAGCGGGAACGUCAGCUGAAGGCGUUACAACUAGAGAUGGAGACGACACAGAGACAGUUCAAGGCCGCGUCGAUAGAUCGCGAGAACGCGAUCCAGGAGAACCGAAAGCUACAGGACGAUCUGGCUGCGAUGACCUGCGAGGUGCAGAAUCUACAACGCGAGCAGGAGACCUCGCGAGCGGAAUGCUACGAUCUCAAGAGACAGCUGCAGACCUAUGUCAGCGAAGUACGUCGCGCUGAAGAACUCCUAAAUCGAAAGGAGAACGAGAGAACGGAGAUGCUGAACCAUUUCCGCAGUCUCAGUUUAGAAGCGACGGUUUUGGAGAACAGCAAUCAUAGCUUGGAAUCCGAGGCGGCGGAGGCUAAAGCUGCCCUUCAAACCGCGAGACAUCAAAUAGCCGAUCUAGAGCGUCAAUUGACUGACGCGGAAUGUUUGAUAAAAGGCUACGAGACUCAGAUAAGCAAUCUAACGCAAAAUGUGGCUAGUAUGGAGACACAGCUGCGACAGCAGAUCGAACAAAGACACCGAGCUGAGACCGAUCUACUGGCGGUCAGGGAUCUAUGUGUCAAGUUAGAUCAACAGAAGGAUACGCUUGUGGAGCAACUCGGCGACAAAAAUACCAUAAAGGAACAUUACGAAGCGCAAGUGUCGAGGCUGAAAGCUGAGCAGAGUAUCGUACAAGAACAUAUGACCAGAGAUCGCGUGACUGUAGAACGAUUGGAGACCCUUUUGGAUCAAGCGAGGCAAGAAUCCAUGAACGCGCAGGCCACUAAUCAGGAACUGCAAAACGAAAUCUCCAGAUUAAAACAGAAAGUUUCCGAACUUCAAAAUAAAUUAUCCUCAGAAUCCGCAGAGCUUAGGCAAUAUCAGAAUCAAGCGGCGGAAUAUAGUAAACAGAUCAGUGAACUCCGUAGACAGGUUACCAAUGAGAGGUUUGAUCGUGCGAGAAAGGAAGAACAGAGUCGCAGGUCGCUAAAUUCGAGCCCAGACAGUUUCAAUGUAGAUUUAAAUGUAGUUAUAUAGUGAGUAUUACUACAUACGAUGCCUCUUGAUACAGAUACUUGCAAAAGAACUAAGGAUAACAUCGAUGAAACAAAUGAAAAUAUUGCAAAAUACAUGAAUUGAUUGAACGUGUCGAGCACUGACAAUGUGAAUAUAAUUUGCAAAUGUACAAAGAAAAAUGCGUCAUGACAAUCAUUUAAAUAUUGAAUGACUGCGAUAUGUAUUAUAUUAAUAUAAUAUGUAUUAUAUUAAUAUAAUUCUUCAUCCAAAAUGAAUAAAAUAUCCGCCCAUAAAUCGCACAGAGAAAAUGAAACACUUUCGAGCAAUGGAAAACGGAAUACUAUAUGACAAUAGCAAAAAUUUUAGAGUACCUAGAAUAUGGAUCAAAUUAAGAUUAUGUAACAAGUCUCUAUACAAAAAAGGCAUAUUUUUCUAUUUUUAUUCUUUUAUGAGCUAAGAAAAUCUUUCUAAAGAGAUGAUUUAAGUAAUUAAGCAUAAUAAUUCAUGACAAAAGUAUUAAAACUAAAUUUUUCGAAUA